AUGGUCAUAGCAGCAGCCAUGGAGGCUGCUGGAUAUAUCGGUCGCUGUUUCUCGGCCAAAGAUGUGACUGAGAGAUCUAUGUACGCCUUGCAGUUUUCACUCCUCAUCCUAGCACCUGUCCUCAUGGCCGCUUGUUGCUAUAUCGUUUUCGGCCGCAUUCUGUUCCUUGUGGUUCCUAAAGAAGCACGAACCUUUCGGCUUUGCUGGGUGUCUCCGCGAUUCAUCACGCCCAUUUUUGUCGGAUGCGAUAUCAUCGCUUUGUUGCUCCAGCUUGGCGGUGCAUUGAUGCUGUCUGCAGUCGAUGUGGCUAAGAAGAAUUCUGAAGACACGCUCAAUACAGGCAAACGCGUUGCCCAAGUUGGGGUUAUCAUCCAACUGGUGGCUUUUGGCUUGUUCGCUGUCGCGGCUGUUCGGUUCAAUUUCACCUGCCGGCGCUUCACCAAGUAUCUUGAUGAGCGGUAUGCAAGCCUUGGGGUGAAGGAGCACAUGAUUGAUGGCGUUGCUAAGGACAAGAAUUGGCCUGCUCUUUUGCGGGUGGUCAAUCUGACCACGAUUUUGAUCCUUGUCAGUAUUUGGGCCAGGGCUGCUACUCAAUUCACUUGCUGA